GCUAGGCAAGAUUUUUUUCGGUUAUCAGUAGAGAUGGGGCCGUUCGAGGGGAACUGGGCGGAGGAGCUGGUCGAGAUACUAAACUGCCUUAGCAUAGACAAUAUCUUUGUCCCUAGCGCUGUGCAUUGGGGGAUAGUCUACAGGAAUGUGGCAAUAGGGGAAACGUUUCUAGAUGGGGUAAGGGAGUUGGUAUACGACGAGGAGGACGACUUCAGUGAUGAAGACGAAGAUGAAGAGAUAGAGGACUAACUAGGCAAAAUGGCAGCGGAGGAGGAGACAGAUCACCGUAAGAGUGAAGGAGAACCAGGCUUAGGAGGCAGUGCCGCACAAAGCGAAGGGGGGCAGAAGGACAGAGAAUCGAUAAAUCCGGAUGGUACCAAAGGGAACCAGAAGGAAAUCUCCACAGGAGAAAGCUUGGGGAAAGCCGGGGGAAGCAGGCAAGGCACCCAGGGGACCAAGGAAGGCAGAACUAAGGAUAGGACAAACCCCCGAAACUCUGAAGGAGCCAUGCCUAAGAAAGUGAGGGUCACGGACACGAGGCGCAAAUUGGCCGAGAUAGACAAGAGGACCGCGGAAUACAAGGCAAGAUUGAUUGAGGAAAUGAUGACUGGGAACGAAGAAGGUCCUCUGCAGGAGGAAUUCCGGGACGAACGGAAAGCCAGCCAAGGUGGAACUGGACAAGGGGAUAAAGGUAGUGACCGUGGGGGAACGCCGAGCAAGAGAAGGAAAGAGAGAGAGAACUCUCCGGGGAUGGAAGCAGAAAAGGCUACAACUCCGCCAGCCAUGGAUAGUAGGGCUAGCCGCCUGCCGAUCACGCCAGCAAUAGCACGAGGAUGCGAAGGACUUUGGAGCCUUAAGGAAAGAGUGUUGGGAUGGUUUGACCCGGAAGGAACUAUGAAAACCAGGGAGGGACAGAAGGCCGACAAUGAAAGUCCGGAUAACAGUAUGGCAAGCGAGGCCAGCACCUCCGAGGGCGGCCUUAAGAAGAUAGUGUCGUCCCUCGCGCGAGCGCUAAACAAAAAUCAAGGCUAUCUGGCGGACGCCAAGAAAAAGUUGACUUUCAAUGAAGCAAACAUCACGGAGUUUCUAAUUGACAACGAGAACCUAGCUGCGUUACUAAAGUGGACCAAGGAGGAAAAGAUGGACCAUCUAGGACAGCAUGUGUCGUUAAGCCUAGAACGGGACAUAAUGGUCAUUGUAGCCGCAAGCCGGUCUUGGAAGGAGACCCGGGAUGUGAUGAUGAGGAAGUACCUAGCUGCAGAGAAAAUGGUAACGGAGGCCGACCUAGCGGCAGUUCAGAGGAAGAACUUCGCAACAUACAAUGAUUUCCUACGGGAAUUUACUCUAGUAGCACUAAGGAUCCCCGGGGUCAUGGACCGGAUAAUGAGCCAAUAUUUCCUUAGGCAGUUCUCCGAGUUCGACAAAGACAAGAUCCUGUCAGCUUACCAACAGACGAGCAAGUUCGUAAAUACGCGAGAUGUUGAUUUUAGCACGGUAACGGAUAUGGCUGAGAAAACGGUAGUAACAGAGACGUUGGCCUUGCUCAAGGAAGGAGAGAUCAUAGAUCUGACCGGAGAAGUAACAGACCUCCUUCGAGCAAAGAUGGACUCCUUCGUUGCGAAGCCUACGGCGUCGCCAUACGCAAACCGGUGGUUCGUCUUUCGGAAGCCUAACAAGACACUAAGGUGGAUUCAGGGCCUGCAGAAGUUGAAUGCGGUAACCAUCCGGGAUGCUGGCUCGCUACCUCAGGCUGACUUAUUAGCAGAAUCGCACGCCGGUCGGAGCAUUUACUCCCUUAUAGAUCUGUACUCAGGGUACAACCAACUUCCGUUGGAUGUGCGGGACAGGCCAUACACCGCUAUGCACACCCCCGUAGGCCAACUACAGAUGCAAGUGACCCCUAUGGGAUUCACAAACGCGGUGGCCGAAGCGCAACGCAGGAUGCUCACCGUGGCCGGGGACAUGUUCCCCGAAAAAUAUGAGCCUUACAUCGAUGACAAUCCGAUCAAAGGCGCGCAGGAGAAGGACGAGACGGAAGUCCAUCCGGGGAUCCGACGUUUUGUGUGGGACCACCUGCAGGACAUCAAGGACUUAUUCCGCCGGUUCCUAGUAUACAACAUUACGGCGAGUGGACCAAAGAGUAUCCUAACAGUACCGAAGGUAACUAUACUAGGAUUCCGUUGCGGUGCUUACGGCAGGAAACCGGAUCCGGCAAAGACUGACAAGAUAUCACAGUGGCCGACACCAUUGCGCACGACGACGGAGGUAAGGGCAUUCCUAGGCGUAGUCGGCUUUUCGAGGAUCUUCAUUAAGAACUUUGCCAAGAUUGCUGAGCCUAUUCGGGCUAUGAUCAGGGAAGAAGGAACCAUGGAUUGGACGGAGGAGCGAGAAGGAGCUGUCCAAAGGCUCAAGGACAUAUUGACAUCUGAGACAGUCGCCCUGUCCGYGCCUUGUYUUAAUGACGAAGUGGGACGACCCUUCGUCCUAGAGACAGAUGGAGGACCUUUGGCCGUAGGAGGUGUGUUGAUUCAAAGGGAUGAGGGAGGAAAAGAGAGGCCGAUUAGGUUCGAAAGUAGAACGCUGAACUCCGCAGAACGGCGGUACUCGCAAUUCAAGAAGGAAGUCCUAGCCAUCCUGCAUUGCCUUAAGACCUUCCAUGCCUACCUAUUUGGGAGGCGGUUCAUCUUAAGGAUCGAUCCGACGAAUGUCGUAGGGGCUCUAAAAAAUUACAGGCCUAUAGAUCCGACGGUAGGGAGAUGUGUAGGAUUCAUAUGGCAGUUCGAUUACAAGAUCGCACGGAUUGUUGGAAUCCGCAACAAGGCAGAUGGGCUAAGUCGGGUUUGCAUCACUCCCGAAGAGAUGGAGGAUGCAGAGCCCAUAGACGCCUUCCUCGAAUACGAAGGAGGGACUCUCGCGGUGGAUAACGAAAUGAUGAGCGAGGGAUGCACAUCGGGAGAACUAUUGAUCCAGACUUUGGAGAAGAGGACACCUGCCGUAGUAGCAGAACUUAGAGAAGGACCAGUUACCACUCGAGGACGCAAAGAAGAAAAAGACUCAUGGGGAGCGAUAGUAGGACCGAAAGAGGAACUAAUGGCAAUGGCGGUSGMGGGRGGSCSSGAAGCAGUGAUGAGCUUAGUGGAAUCUUGGGAAAGGAAAGAGUUGCAAUGGGUGGUAAACCAGAUGCAAGAAGAAAAGGAUGGGGGCCAGGAAGGGGAGGAGUUUUUCUAUGUCCAAUCAUACGAAGGGCUCUUUCGGGAGGUCGGACUGUUGUAUAUCCUGGAUGCGCGAGACAACCUAAGCGGGUUCGUGGAGGCAGUCGCCCUCAAGAAAAAGACAGGGAGGAGUGUGGCGGACUGGAUAGAAGAUUUCUACUUGAAACAUCCGUUCGUCAGGAGGUUUAUAGCAGACAAUGGGACGAAAUUUGUGAACCAAGAAGUAUUGGGGAUGCUUAAGAGACUCUGCGUACCGAUCAAACUCAUCGAGCCGUAUCACCCUGAGGCCAAUGCACCUGUGGAAAGGGGGCACCGAACCUUGAAGAACACGAUUACAAAGCUCGCAGCAGACCAUCGGGGGAACUGGCCUAGGUAUCUUAAGCAGACUGUCUUUGCAGAGAAUAUGACUCCUAAAAUGACAACAGGAUGUAUCCCGGCAGAGCUUUGGUACGGAAGAGAGAUCGACUUUCUUGUGGAAGCCUUGAUACCUACCUGGAAUAGGUUAGAUGAUGAUCCGCAAAUGACCACUGAAGAGUUAAUCGAGGCAAGAUGUCAACAAAUCCUUAAGAAUGAGGAGGUCAUGGAAGACAACGCCAGCCGGGUGCUGGACAGCAGAAUGAGGGACAAAGCAAGGUGGGACCAGGUUAAGAAUGUCAGAAAGGAGCCACGUCAGAUAGAAAACGAGGAGGACGAGGAGGAGGAUGUGCGAGAAGUCAUAGAAAUCAGCAGCAGGGAUGAGAGGGAUGGGAUCUCGAGGCCUAGGGAAGAAGGGCGGCCUCCGAUGCACCAGCCGGGCGACGGGGCUUUCAGACGGGAGGACGAGUUUGGGCCAACGCCCAGUCAUUGGUUUCAGCAAUGGAUCAAUGUGAUCAGACACGAAUGGAUUAUCAAGACUCGGGAACUCGCAAGGGCAGAAGUGGAAGCCAUACUGCUGGACUUUUUUAACGAGGCAGAGUUACGAAAAAUUGUGAGGAUGAAAAGAGAAAUCGAGACCUACGGCCUGGGGAUUAGAAGGCCUGCCAAGGAACAGGGUGGACAAGGAACUGGGCAAAACGAGGCGCAAGGCAGCAAUAGGUACUAAGUGUUGACUUAGCAUUAAGAAGGAUCACUGUUUUUCUGUCUGCGGAGACAUGAGAAUGUCGAGAACGUGUACAGGCAGGGCAAGGUUGCUAAGGGUGAAGUGAAAAGAGGGUCAGUUGAGGCUGUGUCACGAUAAGAUAGAAGAUAAUUUUUCUUUUUUUCGAGGCUACCUUUUUGGAUGAGUUACCUUCGAUACAUAAAACAAAGACAUGGGAUUUGG